AUGACGAUGAAGCGGAGGAGCAACGAGAGCAAAUCAAAAGAGCAUAAUAUCAGGGGAAAGUGGAAAUCCGUUUUGCUCGUGGCUUUCAUCGCGUUUGUCGCGGAAAAAGCGACGAGCAAAGCGAGAGUGCACUUCGCGAUGAGAGGAAAAGGAGAAGUGGUGUUUCGAAGUUCUGGCGCGGGUUUUUUGGAGAGAUUUCCUUCUUCUUCUUCUUCUUCUUUGACGACGACGACGACGACGACGACGACGGAGAUUCUCGCCGUGGUGACAGUUGGUUGGCAGAUAUCGUCCUCGUCGAACGAAAGGAAAAGGCACUUACGGCGAAUCAUCGAAAAUUAUCGGGAGAUGUGCGCCGCUACGGAUGACGGUGACGCGCCUCGAUUCAAGCGCGUCACGGUAGCCGUAGCGGCGUACGAUUUCGACGCGGAGUCGAUGACGUCGUUUCUAUCGUCUUCCUCUGAACAUUUUUUUCGUUCGUCGCGAAGAAACGGCGACUGGCAAAUAUCUCUCGAGGAGGAGAAGAGUAGCGAUGGUCGUCGAGUAACAAUUGAACGAGCAGAACGCGCGCUGAAGAUGAAUUAUGUGAAAGAGAACCGGUCGUCGUCGCUGCCGUGCGAGUUUGCCUUGGAUUUAGAGUUGUUCGGUUUCAGAGAGAUCGACGGGACGAAAUCGCAUUUGACUCCCGGAGACUUGGCGCUUCGUCACAGGGAUAUUUUUUUGCGCAGAAUACUUUCCGAUUGCGAAGACUGCGAUGACGAGAGCAGCGAUAAAGUCUUAUUCAUCGUUCAAGAAGACGACGUGUAUUUGGAUAAGAAACAUAUUUCUUCAUUUCUGGAAACUUCGAAACUUACCGAAAGUGCAAAUAAGUUUGCAGAGGAAGGGAAGGGAAGCUUAUUCUAUCAUCCGUUCUUUUUCGAUUACGAGAAGGAUAGCGACGGCGUCGUGUACGCCGACUGGAGAGUAAACGCUGGCUUCGUUCAAAAAUGGAACAACAAUCAAACAAUUUUUACGAGCACGAAAGCUUCUGGCGGAGGGAGGAGUUUAAUGAUCCGAGGUCGCUCUCGCCUUCAAGAUUUACUUUUUUCAUCGGAAAGCAGUAGCAGUGUCGGUGAAACUCGCGUUGCGGAACUAAGAGAAUGGCUCGACCCACUCUCUGUGCAUCCCGGUGAGUUCAACGUCGAAGUAGCCACGAACAGGUGGAUUGAAAGAAAGGUACACGCUCGCGUCCAUAAAACCAAAGCUAGAAGGCAAGUUCGCUUUCUCUUGCCACUCUCUUCAGGCGUUGUCGACGCCAAACAUCGCGCCGGAUCGUUGGAGACUUUGCUCGACAGCGCCGGCAUCUGGCACGCUUCGAACACGUACGUGGAAAGGAGGAAAGAGCUUUCACCACUCGAUCCAACUUCUCCGUCGAAAAACAAAAAGAAUCAAGAAACUUUGGAGCGUUUGCGAUGGCGCGAGCUUCAACAAAUCUUUCGCUCGUGUCUCGAGGAAGGACAAAAAAGCGAAGAAGAAGAAGAAGGAGGUGAGAACGAAUGUUUUCGAUGUUUAUCGGUCUCGUCUGAAAAAAAGGCGGAAUACCGCGCUCGCGUUGUCGUCGACGACGACGACGAAAAGAGAAGAACGAGGAGAAGAAGAAGAAGAAUCGAUGUUGUCUUUUCGUGCGCGUAG